GGAGGAGGAGGGCGGAGACAUGCGUUUUGUCCUCUCCACCCUGAGGGAGCUCGGCUGAAGUGCGUCAAGUUUGACAGUCAAGUUUUGUUGCUUCGUGUGAGACUAAAAUGUUGACGGGAUAUGAGCGGAGAUGAAUGAGGACGGAUUUGUGGUCCCUGCGAGGACCGAGUACAGGUACCUCGUUCAGGAUGAGGAUGAGGACAAUGUGCAGUACGUCCGUCACAGACAGUAUAUAAGUCCUUUCGUGGUGCUGUCCAGACGCUGUAUCUUCUUCAUUUGUCUUGGUGUUGUUACCCUGCUGGCUCUAGCAGCCUACCUGGCCUACGUGGCUAAGACUCUGCCGUCAGGUCUUGUCCAGGUGGUGACCGAUUGUGGAGAGUUCAGGGGAAGAUAUAAAAAUGGAGCCUACUCCUUUAAAGGUAUGCCCUACGCUGAUCCGCCGAUCGGCGUUCUGCGUUGGGCCCCACCAGAGGCACCAACGACCUGUAAGAGCACGGUGACUGACGCAGGCCGCUUCGGCAGUAUAUGUCCUCAGGUACGCCCGGUUUCGGGCACGGCCAAGAUGAUUGGCAGGGAGGACUGCCUCUUCAUCAACGUGUGGUCACCAACACUGAAGGCUGACGCUAAGCUACCUGUCAUGGUGUGGAUCCACGGAGGACACCUGCACACGCUCAGCGGUGGAGAGGAGGGCUACUCGCCCACAGAGAAGCUCGCUGCCGACACGGGAGUCGUUUACGUCAGCUUCAAUUAUAGACUCAACGCUUUGGGCUUCCUGGCACUGGAGAUACUGAGAGAGGGUUCUUCAACAAACACCUCAGGGAAUUAUGGAAUCUUAGACCAGAUUGCAGCACUCAAGUGGGUCCAGAAGAACAUCCACGAAUUUGGAGGAGACCCUGGGAAAGUCACCGUGUUUGGACAGAGCUCAGUGUUGACCUUGAUGACAUCACCACUGGCAAAGGGUCUCUUCCAUGCAGCGGUGGACAUGAGCGGCCCGUUCAUUCACAAUGUGACGCUGAAACAGGCCGAGUCCAACAACCUUGUCUUCCAGAAAAAGACCGGCUGCAAAGACGUGAAGUGUCUCAGGGAUCUCUCGGUCAAACAGAUCCUACAGGACUAUCCACCGUUGGCAGCAGAUGACAUGACAGCCCUUCCCACCAGAGGGCGUUUCCUUAACCCGUUGACAGUGAUUGACGGCGUUGUCCUAAAAACGUCACCUUUUGAGGUCUGGGAGAGAAAGGAAGGCUUCAGCGACGUCCCGUUCCUUGUGGGGACAACGGAGCAGGAGGCAGACUACAGACCUCACGCUGAAAACAUCUCCAUCUGGAUGUGGGAGGACUACAGGUGGUUUGUGAGAGAAAAACUUCAGUCCUUCAGUGAGAAUCUAACCAGAGAUGCUCUGGACCUGUACCCGAGCUCAGUGCUGUGUCCCACCAAGGACCGCUGCCCAGAGAGGGCCUACACCACCAUGGUGUCCGACAUCAGGGUCACCUGUCCCAAUAAUGAGCUGACUCUCAGAGCUGCAGCUGCACUGAGCAGCCCCGUGUACCGCUACGUUGUGAAACACACUCCGUCUGCGGCGGUGAGCGUUUCUGCUGGUCUGCUGCAGUUCCCCAGCCGCUUCUCCUUCCACGGUCUGGACGCCAUAGCCUUCUUUGGAGGACUGGAGUUUGUCCUGGGAAAGCCUCCGUCUGAUGAGGACAAGAGCUUCCAGAGUGUAAUCACUCAGCACCUUGUGGGCUUCCAGAGUGUAAUCACUCAGCACCUUGUGGACUUCGCCAAAACAGGUAGGAUGGAAGAGACUUGGCCUGAGUUCCCAGCAGCCACAGCUCUCCUGUCCAACAAUCUCUCUUUGGUCCAGAAUUAUUCUAGAGCACAGUGUGAUCUGUGGAAGCCAAGUGGCCUCUUUGCCUACGCCUGGGUAAACUAAGCGAGUAUUGAACUGUUUUUUUGUUUGUUUGUUUGUGUGUUUUUGUAUCUUAAAAUGGGUAUAUUUAAACAGGUUUGAAAAUCAGGAAAUGAAAUAAUGUUGUGUUUUUAUUAUUGGCUGAAAUAACAAAUUAUUUUGACAUUUCCUGUCAUUUGUAUUGGCUA